GGCGGGACAAAUAAACCGACCCCUCUUUUGGAGAGCUCUCCGAAGUCCUUCUCGGAAACUCCCGUUACCCUCCCGGGCGCAGAAAGCCCUCCUGCCUUCGCUCCCAGUGCUAUUCCCACCACGCGUUCUGCCCUCCACGGGGCGCCGCCACCCCUGGCCUCACACCACAUCUCUCCCGAGGCUUGAAGCCUGGCGUGGAGGGGACCCCCCCCCUUUCAACCUUCUCACCAACCGCUCUCCCCGCCCCCACUCCCCUCUCCCUGGGGAUGUCCAGUCCUGUUCUGAGCCUGCCCCUACCCCGGCCCUUUUUCCGGUGCUGUGUGCCAGCCGGUCCCGCAUCCCACAUCCCCAGCUGUUGACAUUUCGUUGCCCUUGCCCACAGGAUAAAGAAAGGGCCCCUGUUAUUCAACAAUAGGGGGAAAGACAGAGACAAUGGGAACUUGUGCUUCCGAUGGGGUGGGGACGGAGCGGGAAAGAACAGACAGACGGACAGACAGGGGGCUGGACCGAAGGGGUCAGGUUUCUUGAAGCAGCUGGAGGUCCUGGAAGUCUGGGUCCCACCCUGAGAGCCUCCUCCCACAGGCAAUGCGCACCCAGGCUCCGGAGGACAGAGCGGCCGGCAUCUUCAUACCCAUCAGGCAGUCUGCUCCUUCUCUGGCCCUCGGGCAUCAGGAAGAAACGAGGCACCACCUCCUCCACGUUCUUCCAGGGGCCCAGGCAGCGCCUUCACCGGAACCUCUUCCUGGAGCAGGACAAGACGCCGCCAGUCCCUGUCGCUCCCGUCCCCGUGAAGAGAGCGACUUCUAACAGCUGGACCCCUCAGGGAUCCCUGAUAGAUGGGAGCUCAUCUCCAACCCCACUGCCUCCCCGCUUUGUGCCCCGCAGACGGCGCUGGGCUGACUCUCCAUCAUGCCAGGCCUGCUUAGUCUCCCAACAUUCUGCCACUUCCUUCUCCCCUGGGGCCUCGCCAUCUUCCACAAAGCGCUGGGGGACCUAGCACCCCACCCCGGCCCCCACUACCUCCUGCCCCCCAUCCACGAGGUCAUUCACUCUCGUCGUGGGGCCACGGCCACGCUGCCUUGCGUCCUGGGCGCCCCGCCUCCCAGCUACAAGGUCCGCUGGAGCAAAGUGGAGCCCGGGGAGCUCCGGGAAACGCUGAUCCUCAUCACCAACGGCCUGCACGCCCGGGGCUACGGGCCCCUGGGGGGGCGCGCCAGGAUGCGGAGGGGGCAUCGGCUGGACGCCUCCCUGGUCAUCGCGGACGUGCGCCUGGAGGACGAGGGCAGGUACCGCUGCGAACUCAUCAACGGCAUCGAGGACGAGAGCGUGGCGCUGACCCUGCGCCUGGAGGGUGUGGUGUUCCCGUACCAGCCCAGCCGGGGCCGGUACCAGUUCAAUUACUACGAGGCGAAACAGGCGUGCGAGGAGCAGGACGGGCGUCUGGCCACCUACGCCCAGCUGUACCAGGCGUGGACCGAGGGCCUGGACUGGUGCAACGCGGGCUGGCUGCUCGAGGGCUCCGUGCGCUACCCCGUGCUCACCGCGCGCGCCCCGUGCGGUGGCCCGGGGCGGCCCGGGAUCCGCAGCUACGGGCCCCGCGACCGGAAGCGCGACCGCUACGACGCCUUCUGCUUCACUUCGGUGACUGCAGGCCACGUGUUCUUCGUGCCCGGGCGGCUGACCCUGUCUGAAGCGCACGCGGCGUGCCGGCGGCGCGGGGCCACGGUGGCCAAGGUCGGGCACCUCUACGCCGCCUGGAAGUUCUCGGGGCUGGACCAGUGCGACGGCGGCUGGCUGGCGGACGGCAGCGUGCGCUUCCCCAUCACUUCGCCGCGGCCGCGCUGCGGGGGCCUCCCCGACCCCGGCGUGCGUAGCUUCGGCUUCCCGCGGGCGCAGCAGGCGGCCUUCGGGACGUACUGCUACUCGGAGUAGGGCCGCCGCGGCCCCCGUCCCGCAGCCUGCCACGGUCGGGGUCCCGGGGUCCCAGGGUCCCGGCCGGGCGGGGGAGGGGAGGUGGCGGCGCCCUGCGAGAGGGGGGACACCCUUCCCCCCGGACGCUCGCACCCGGACCAGCGGCCGUUCGCGCGCUCCCGCGGCCGCUGCUGGGGGAGGGCGAGCGCCCGGGGCAUUAACCCACUUCUGUCCACAGCAGUUAAGUAACUUGAGGACUUCGUGUAUAGA